CGUGCACGUAGUGCUACUACUGCGACUAUACGAUAGCGGCAGCCGCCGCGUCAUCGGCGGUGCCAAAAUCAAUAAUCAGUAUUGUUUAUCGAUUUUUUUUCCCUACGCUCAACCGUCGGCGAAGCCGCGCGCGUUUCCCGUACAGCCGCCCCCGUGUGCGCGCGUUAUAGUAGUAUCGUUCUCACGCGCGGACCAUAGUCGUUCCGUCGCUCGCCGUCCGCCCGCUACUAUUAACGUAUCGUCGCCGCUACCGCCGCCGCUGUCGUGCAGCAACCCGCAGACGCCGCCGCCUCAGCUGGACCGCAGUCGCUGCAGUUGGUAGAUCGCCGCGGACGAGGAGGCCUGUAACCGCGCGCAGAUCGCAAUAAACAUUAUGUCCAACAUGGCAAACGCAGAAAACUAUCAAUUAAAAUGGCAUAGUCACGGUGCUCAUUUACAUUCUACUAUUGCGACGUUACAUGGCACCACGGCAUUUACCGAUGUGACGUUGAGCACGACUGAUGGGCGCAACGUGUCAGCACACCGCUUCGUACUAUCGGCUUGUAGCGCUUACUUGAACCAAGUAUUUCAGAGCUGUUUGUCCAACAAUUUGGUUAUCGUUCUACCUGCAGACAUUAGUUAUCGUACGCUUUGUAUACUACUUCAAUACAUGUAUAGCGGGGAAGCAACAGUCACCAACAGCCAGCUAGAUCGAGUGCUAAAGGCCGGCGAAGUGUUGAGGGUCAGAGGACUGUGCCGAAGUAACGAGAACACUGUCGGUGUUGUUCCCAGCCAACUGACUCCCGAUAUUAAUAAAGAUGAUAUAGCGAAACAAAAAUUCAAGGGAGAUAUGCCUCUGUCGGUCAGAUCCGAUGGUAACGAAAAUAAAGAAAAUGAAAAAGACAAAGAAAACGAUGAUAGUGAAGUAAAAAAAGAAAACUCGGAAAACGAAGAUCCGAUGCACAAUGCUUUACAACUGGAGAUCACAGUCAAAGAAGAACCAUUAGAAUGGAAUGACAAUGAUCGAACUGAAAUGACAAUUCAACCAGAACUAUUUUCCAAUUAUGAUGAAGAAGACGAGGAAGCGGAUUCUGAUUAUUAUGCUCCGUUGACGUGCGAUAUGUGUCAAGAAACAUUUCGAACUCCAGCCCUUUGGGUUAGACACAUUCAAACUCACGAGUUAGGUUCGAUUACUGAUUUACCAAAAAGAAAACGAAGAAAAACCACUGAUGAAGAUGAUGGUGGCGAGUUACCACCUUUACGUUGUGAACUAUGCCAACAAGAAUACCAGACACCUGGGGAUUGGGUGCGACAUAUUCAAAGUGCACACACAGAAGAGCAGUUGGCUAUCACAAAUAGUUUAGCUAGUGGUGGAUCUGGUAUAUUGCCUUCAGCCAAACGGCCACGGCCAAGAAUAAUGAAUGGCCGAAAAGUGUGUCCAACUUGCACUAAAACAUUUCCAUCACAUGCAAGUAUGUUGAUACAUAGUCGAACACAUACAGGUGAACGACCAUAUCAGUGUGGAGUUUGCAAUAAAGGUUUUAAUGUAAAAAGUAAUUUACUGAGACAUAUGAGAACAUUACACGAUACAGUUAUAAGUCCUAAUGCUAUGGUUGAAUACUGUAAUGCACAAGAUGAAGUACCACCAACAACAUAAAGUGUUAACCAUUUUGAUCAAACUUAUAUUUAAAAUUGAAUAUAUCUGAUUAUAAAUAUUGCGACCAGGAUAAAAUGAUGACCAAGCACAUUUGGCAUAAUUUCUGGACUACCUCUCUGUAUUUAUAAAGAUUUAAUGAUAAAAGGCCAAAUAAAGUAGAUAUUGGCAAAAUUCUUUUCAAAAUACAGGUUAGCUGCCUGAUCAUUAUUUAAUCCUGACAUAUAUCAUAGUAUACAUAUAUUUUAUAGGUAAACUUUCCAACUUAAUUUUACUUUCCAUUUAUUUCUUUCAAUAUUAAUUGACAGCUUAUGUUUAUAUUAUAUUUUAAUAAUGUGCCCUAUAAGAUUUUACUUCCAAUUAAAUAAUAAGAAAAUGUACAAGUGUACCAAUUGGUACAGUUUUUUAUGAGAUAAUCUUCUGUAUUAGUGCAAUGCUUUUUAAUUAUUUAAUAUAUUUUUUUUUUAUAAAACUUUUAACUAAGUAUAUGAUAGUUUUGAUACUAGUACAAAGUAAGCAGAUGUUAAGAUUAAAAAUUUAUUUUUCAACAAUGAUAAAAAGAUCAUUGUCUUCCUGCAAAUAUUGA